CCGACAUGAUUCCAUCACGACUUGCCGCCCGCCGGCCGCUGUUCCGCUGCUUGAACGCUCCCCUCGCUCCUCGCACUCAACACCAAACCCACCAUCUCGCCGCACCGCGAUACCCCCCACCGCUCGGAGGUCCACGCCGAGUUCGCGGACCAGACAGCGUCUCAGUCCACCGCGCCGAAUAUCUUGAAAGAGCCCAGGCUAUCCGCAAACGCAAUUGGCUCAUUCUUGGCACAGCUCUGUCUAUGAUUGCGCCCAUCUUUCUUGUGAGGCUAUGGGAUAUACCAGCACCAGAGGAGCAGGAUGGUAAAGAGAAGAAAGACGGCGAGAAAACCUCAAGGGGUCUCUUAGAUCUCAUCUCCCCCAAACCCACACAAACCGAAUCCCCCCGCGCGGCCAUCGACGAGUUCCAAGGCAAAAAAGUCGUCGUCGCUGCAGGCGACAAAGUCAUUGCCGCGCCUUCAACCUCUGAAAACCCCACCCCUUCAGAUGUCGACACCAUCGAGCUCGUCGAGACCGGUACCUCCUACGUCCCCUACUUCCCCCGCACCAUCACGCUCCCCGACACUACCGGCCCCGAAGCCGUCGCCAGCUCUGCCGAAUACACUCUCCUAGGCCUUGGUAUCCGCAAAGUCUCGUUUCUCCGCGUCCAAGUCUACGUCGUCGGCCUAUACGUCAAAUCAGCACAUCUCCAUGCCCUCCAAAACCACCUCAUCAACACCGUCAACCCUACCGCCUCGGCCCUCAUCCCCGGCGAGAAAGAAGACCUCCGGAAGGCCCUGCUGGACCCCACACGCAGCACCCAGAUCUGGGAAGCCAUCCUCUCGAGCUCCGGCACCACUGCCGUCGAAACCGCGUUCCGCGUUGUCCCCGUUCGCGGCACAGAUUUUAAGCAUCUUCAGGAUGGGUGGAUGCGAGGUAUUGCGUCGCGUACGGAUGAAGUGCGCAGGAAGCAAGCGGAACUCCUGCGCCAACAGGCUGCCGAGCAAAAGCAAAUCUCGCUUCCUAAACCCGUUGAUGAGGGCGAGUUUGCGGAUGAGUCAUUUGGUCUCGCCAUGAAAGAUUUCAAAGCCAUUUUCCAGGGCCGUGGGAAAGCUCCAAAGGGCAGUGUGCUGAUUUUGCGUCGGGACGUCAGCGGUGCGCUGAAUGCCUCUUAUCAACCCGUCACCCCAACCAAGAAGGGCGAGCGUGUCGAGGAUGUCGUCGAACUGGGACGUGUGGCUGAUGAGAGAGUUAGUCGAUUGGUAUGGCUGCUCUAUUUGGGCGGUCAAAAUGUAAGUUCCGAGGAUGCCAGGAAGAGCGUUGUGGAUGGAUGCAUUGGCCUUGUGGAACGGCCUGUCGGGACUUUGGAGACGAUGGUGCAAUGAUGUAGUCGUCUUACUAGGCAUUCCCACUGUAACAUGUAGAUUUCAUCUUGUGUAAUUUAUCGAUCAAAAAAUACGUCGGUCUUUUAUUUUGGUUUUUUUUGGUUUUUUUUGGUUUUUUUUCUUGGGAAAAUGUGCAGCGUCAUGAGCAAUCAAUGCAGAUGGAAAGAGGAUUUGAUAUUCUCUCUGCUCUUAUUGAGGGAAUCUUUUAUUUUGUUCCUGUCAUGUCCCCGUACAUAUACCUCCAGAUGUCUUUUAGCAUACCGUCUCCCCAUUAAUUACUUCCUUAAUUAGAACCCCUUACCUCCUCAAAUCAUACACACAAUAAAACUACAACACUCUCUAAUCACCUACGUCACUUAUACAUACCCAUCGCAUCCUCCACACAUCUUAAAACAACCUCCCAUCAUUCACCCCAUCCCAUCCACUCUUCCCUUUCUAAAUCUAGUACCUCUCCUCCCUACAAAACUAAUCCAUCUUCACUGCACUUCUACGCAUCUCCUACCUGUUCUUCUAAAGAAAAAUCUUUCUUCCUUAAAAUUUUAACAGUAAACAAAGCGAGGGCAGAAGACUCUAAGAAAUUUCCUAAG